AAAACUUAAGUCGAAGAAAUGCGACAUCCGUGUCACAGAGUUCGGACUAUAGAAAUCAAACUGCUAAAUAUGGAAUAGACGGGAACAAAACACAAAAGGAAAAUUCUUGUGCCCACACAGCUGUUAACAAAUCGGAAGCUUGGUUUCAAGUUGAUUUAGGAGAACCUUUUAGUCUUAAAACCAUAAGGAUAGUUUACAGAGAUGAAGGAGAAGGUUAUUGGAGGCCAUAUCGCUUUCGAUAUUUUUACCUUGAUGUGUCCAAUUCUUCUAUUAAUGGGUCAACAACAACUGAGAGGAUCACAUGUUACCAAGACAAUACAACGAUCCCCGAAUUACCUCCAAGCAUAAUCAAUAUAACUUGUCCAUCCGUUGCGAGAUAUGUCAUUGUACAGAAUGAUUAUUUUGGUAAUGACACACAUUCAAAAGGACCAAUUCUUGAAAUCUGUGAAAUCGAGAUAUUUGGUUGUAGCAUCAAUUGUAAUGGAGAAUGUGGGACGACCGGAUAUUGUGAUGAAUGUAAUGCACAUCUUUGGGGAGAGAACUGUAAUAGUUCCUGUCCAGAACAUUGCAAUGGCGGUAUAUGUAAUAGAACUACUGGUAGUUGUGACCAUGGGUGUAAAAAUGGAUCAUGGGGUAUUUAUUGUAAUUUGACAUGCAGUAAAAAUUGUGCAAAUGACGUCUGUGAUCUGAAAAAUGGUAGUUGUGUGAAUGGCUGCAAAGGAAAUUUUGAUGGAGAAAAAUGUGGAGCUUGUGAUGCCUUCCAUUAUGGAGAAAAUUGUGAACAAUCUUGUGGCGAAGGCUGCAUAAAUAACACUUGCUUUGCAAACAAUGGCACGUGUUCAUUGGGGUGUGUCGAAAACUUCGUUUACCCAAAAUGCAAUUCAGAGUAUCAUUUAAUAACCCAGUCAAAUGAAGAAACAAAUAAUGCGCCAUAUAUUGGAGUUGGCAUCGGAGCAUUCCUGCUUCUAAUAUUUGUGCUUUUUGGUGCAACCGCUGUUUACAGGUUGAGAAGAAAAAAGAAAUCGAAGUCUUCAAGCAUUGUUGAUGUCAAAGUUUCAAAGAGAGAUUUAAAAGCACUUGGGGAUCAAACACAUGAACCGGAAGUUGACGACCCGGAAGUAAAAAUUCCAGAUGUAUCUGUAUUUAAGAAUAAUUCAGUUGUUAAGGAUAAUGUCGUAACUGACCUAUUACGUGUGAUCAAAGACAACAAAGCAAGUCAGAAUAAAAGUUUCAUGGAGGAAUUUAAGAGUCUUCCUCAAGGAGAAGCAUUUAGCUGCAGAGUUGGUAGACUGGAAGAGAAUAAAUCCAAAAAUAGAUAUAAAUCAACCUUUCCUUAUGACCAUUCUAGAGUCAAAUUAUCUUUAGAAGAUGGUUUUACGUCUGAUUAUAUAAAUGCAAAUUACAUACAAAAUUUGGACCGAAAACUUGAAUACAUUGCAAGUCAAGGUCAGAUAAUAGUCAAUCUUUAUCAUUUAAACGCUUAA